AUGCCUUGGGCGAGGCACGUCUCGUCUCCACCAACCGAGCUGCUUCGCGCAAUAAUUUCCUCAUAUGUUCAACGUGAACGAGUACCUAGCGCUCUCGCUCCUCCACACGGCGCAGAGACAGGGCCCGCGGCACCCCGGGCUGGCGCGGGGCUGCUCGCCGUGCUGCUGUACUACGACGGGCGCCGCGCGCUGCUGCAGGCCCUCAAAGACACGCUCACAGCCCGAGACGGAGUCUGCUGGUCAACAAAUGCCCGGGAGGACAUAGUGAAAUAUGUGACCCGCUACGUGGACCAGCUGAUCCGUGAUGGACUGCUGGGCGGCGUGCUGGACUCGCUGCGCGGGUUCACGCUGGGCGGGCAGCUUGAUCUCUUGCAGCAACACAGGGCGCUACCUCCGCGCGGGCAUCACACCAAGCUCGUCAGAUCUAUAGAAGGCACCAGAAAACUGCUUGCUGGAGUAGUGUUCGCAGCAUCGGCUCAGCGCGGGCUCGAACGAGACACACACACGUGCAACGACUGAUCAACGAGAUGCAGUCAACGCAGCGGUUAUUCCUGGAGAUGAUUGUGAAGGACAUUAAGACCAUGAUGCAGUUCUAGUGAGCCCGUCUCUACUGUCACACUAAUUGCACCUAAUAUGUGACGUUUUCGACCAAAAGGUACCACAU